CCUACUAAUCUACUCCCCGACACCUUUCUAUUUAUCCAGCGCCGUCUCUCUCUCUCUCUUGCGUUUCACUGCGAGUUACAUACGCACAGAUUUUGCUUUUCCUUAUUUUGUUUUUACUUUUCUACUCAAUGUUAUAUUAUUCAAUUAUACCUUGCUUUACUCUGAAUCUACUUUGAUGAACUCGAUUCCUCCAACUAUCGCUUUCAUUAUUAUGUUCCUUUUAAUAAUCAUUUAGAGAUCGAUUAAGUUAUUUUUUGGUUUGUCAUGAAAUGAUUAUGAGUGAAAACUUUGCGCAAUUUGAGUGAAAUUCUGAGUUUGAUGGAGGCGGGGAAAGAUCAACAGGAGAAGCAAUCCAUGACGUUUGAUGAUAUGUCGGUGGACAAGAGUAUCAGUUUCGUUACGGCAUUACAGGAACUGAAGAACCUCAGACCUCAACUGUAUUCUGCAGCAGAGUAUUGUGAAAAGUCAUAUCUUAACAGCGAGCAGAAGCAGAUGUUUCUGGAUAAUCUGAAGGAUUAUGCUGUUAAAGCGCUAGUCAAUGCAGUUGAUCACCUUGGUACCGUUGCUUACAAGUUGAGUGAUAUCGUGGAGCAACAGACAAUGGAGAUCUCAUCCAUCUAUCUGAAAGUUGCAUGUGUGAACCAGAAACUUCUUACUUGUCAAACUUAUACGGAUAAUGAAGGCCUUAGGCAGCAGCAGUUAUUAGCUAUCAUUCCAAAGCAUCACAAGCACUACAUGUUACCAAAUUCCAUCAAGAAGGUCCACUUCACCCCACACAUGCAGGCAGAUCCUACACAAUCCAAACUAGUGAAAGGACGUCAUUAUCCUUCAGGUGCUUCGGCUGCAAGAACUCUUUCUUGGCAUUUGGCAUCUGCAACCAAAUCGAACAUGAAAGGCUCCUCAUGUGGCAUACUGAGCACUGAUGAAGCAAAAGUGAAUGUAAAAAACUCUCCUGCACUCAACUCGUUAGAUGGUCAGAGAAGUAAGCGAAUGAGAUCUGCUCCAGCCACAAGAGCGGCUAUGCAAACCCUGGGCGUUACAAGACGAGAAUAUUCAGAGGGCUCAAAACCUCUAACUCAACACAGAUCAUUUGAUAAUCCAAUUCAUUCUCAGAAAGAGGUCGUUCACCCCCCUGUUCGUAGUAAGAGCCUAAUUUCAGCGUUCUUCCUAAAGCAAAAAACACCAAACCUGUGGACAAAGGGAUGAAUAUGUCGUGAACAGGUUACAUGGGAAUAUAGGAACUUUCAGAUGCACCAAUUAUGUGUGUCUUGCUGGAAAAAACAACUGUCUAUACUAAUUUGAUUUAGGCUGUUGCUUUUACUGUGGAUAAUUAAACCAACAAUGAGAGAGAGAAUAUUCUUGUGCAGAAUAUUUGAUAUCCGACCCUGUAAAUUGGCUGGUAAAAGUUCUUGCAUUCAGAAAAUAUAUAUUUUCACUUGUA